GGGAAACGCACUGUCAUCAGUCGAUUUGAAUCGUUGCAGCUAGAAAAUGAAAUCCUUCAUCGCUAUUGUUUCGCUUGCCCUGCUUGCAGGGUGCAUGGCCGUCACCGAAGAAGAGAAGGAAGCUGGACGGCAGCUGGCCGGAAAGUGUAUGCAACAGACGGGAACCUCGGAGGAAUCUGUCAAGCGUCUCCGCAGCGGUGAUACCUCCGAUGCCGAUGACAACACCAAGUGUUUCGUCCAGUGCUUCUUCCAGGGCGCCGGAAUCGUCGAUAGCGAGGGAAACAUGCAGGAGGCGUUCGUGACCGAGAAGCUGGCCAAUGAGUAUGACCGUGCCAAGGCCGAAGAAGUGGUUCAGAGGUGCAGAAACAACCCCGGAGCGAACCCUUGCGAGCGGUCGUUCACACUGUUGCAGUGCUACGUCGCCAAUCGUGCGAGCUUGAUGUGAAAUGCUAAACGUGCGAAGAAACGAUUGAACUCCAAACAUCAGUUCAGACAAAAAAAUGAUGACCCUGGCGACAAACUAAAUCUAGAUCUGUCUUCAUCAAAUGUGUGGCUCCAAAUAAAAGUGUAAUUCUGUACAUAA